AUGGCUAAGACUACUAAAGUAAAAGGUAACAAGAAGGAAGCUAAGGCUUCCAAGCAAGCCAAAGAAGAAAAAGCUAAGGCUGUCUCUUCCUCUUCCUCCGAAUCAUCAUCUUCAUCUUCAUCUGAAUCCGAGUCUGAAUCCGAGUCUGAGUCCGAAUCCUCAUCUUCAUCCUCUGACUCUGAAUCCUCAUCUUCAUCCUCUUCUGACAGCGAAAGUGAAGCUGAAAAAAAGAAGGAGGAAUCCAAGGAUUCUUCAUCUUCUGACUCUUCUUCUGACGAAGAAGAAAAAGAAGAAGAAACCAAGAAGGAAGAAUCUAAAGAAUCUUCUAGUUCCGAUUCAUCUUCCUCUUCAUCUUCUGAUAGCGAGAGCGAAAAGGAAGAUUCUAACGACAAGAAGCGUAAAUCUGAAGACGCUGAGGAAGAAGAAGAAGAAGAGUCUUCCAACAAGAAACAAAAGAAUGAAGAAACCGAAGAACCUGCUACUAUUUUUGUUGGUAGACUAUCGUGGUCCAUUGAUGACGAAUGGUUGAAGAAGGAAUUCGAACACAUUGGUGGUGUCAUUAGUGCCAGAGUUAUCUAUGAAAGAGGUACCGAUAGAUCUCGUGGUUAUGGUUACGUUGAUUUUGAAAAUAAAUCUUACGCUGAAAAGGCCAUUCAAGAAAUGCAAGGUAAGGAAAUUGAUGGUAGACCAAUCAACUGUGACAUGUCCACAAGCAAGCCAGCUGGUAACAACAACAACGAUCGUGCCAAAAAAUUCGGUGACACUCCAUCUGAGCCAUCUGACACUUUGUUCUUGGGUAACUUAUCUUUCAAUGCUGACAGAGACGCUAUUUUCGAAUUGUUCGCUAAGCAAGGUGAAGUUGUUUCCGUUCGUAUUCCAACACACCCAGAAACCGAACAACCAAAGGGUUUCGGUUACGUUCAAUUCUCCAACAUUGAGGACGCCAAGAAGGCUCUCGAAGCUUUGCAAGGUGAAUACAUCGACAACAGACCAGUUAGAUUAGACUUCUCCUCUCCAAGACCAAACAACGAUGGUGGUCGUGGCGGUAGCCGUGGCUUUGGUGGUCGUGGAGGUGGUCGUGGCGGUAACCGUGGAUUCGGUGGCCGUGGUGGCGCUCGUGGUGGCCGUGGCGGUUUCAGACCAUCUGGUUCUGGUGCUAAUACUGCUCCAUUGGGCAGAUCAAGAAACACCGCUUCUUUCGCUGGUUCAAAGAAAACAUUUGAUUAA